AUGGUAAAAAAUACUUCAUGUAGUCCCACGUCGUCGUCUUCUUCUUCUUCUUUAUUCUUCUCUCUAUCUCUCUCUCUUUCUCUCACUACCGUUCUUUAUUCCCCUCGCACUACUUUAUCUAUUCUUUACUUUUUCUCUCUCUCUUUUCCCCCCUCAUUAUAUAAUGACCCCGGUUCUUUAUUCCACUCUCAAAAUUCUAUCUCUUCUUCUUUACUCUCUUUAUUUCCUUCUCUUUCUCACUCUUUGCUAUUUCAUUCGUCCUCACUAAUCAUCCUUUCCUUCUCGCUCAUCAUCCACACAGACAUCUACCUCACUCUCUUUCUUCUUCUCUCUCCUCUCUAUCUCUCUCUCUCUCUCUCCUUCUCUCUCUCUCUCUCUCUGGCCUCUCUCUCUCUCUCUUUCUUCUCUCUGUAUAUAUACGAUUCUGUUGUAGAUGAAAAGUCGCCGAUUGUUUCAAGUGUUAUCGAGAUGAUAAGCUCUGAAAUGAUUCAUAGCUUUUUUUGUUCAUUCUUCUUCAUUACACAGGUAUUACAUGUUACAAUUAUGUCAGUGUCCAUUUUCAAACGGCAUGUUGAUCUGUACCCGGCUCCACCACAACCACCUUAG